CGGACUGCAUGCGCAGAGAAUAGGCGGAGACACACAGGGAAGGACUGAAGCAAACACCGCUGCACUUCUUUCAUUCUCACAGAUGGAUAUGCCUUAGAUAUUACCUCUUAUGUGGUAUCAGAGGACGCGCUGGCGUUAUCGCCAGCCCCACGCGCUGGGCAGAUGUGACUUUUGACGCGCGCGUGUGUUUUUUAUCCCGUGGUCGAUGGCGCAGAUGAAGAGGAUGCGUGAAACAACGCAGCCCAACCCUGUUUUCUUGAAUGCGACUGAAAGGACCUACGUUUUUUGGGGAUUGUUUACGUGUUGGCUUCCUGUGUGGAGUAGUCUACCCGAAUCAAUAAAGCAAGCGAAAGCAGUACAAUGCUUCCAAGGUGAUUGAUCUUCGCGCUCAAUGAAAACAAGGAGGAGAGCUGAGCAGAUACGAUGGCUGAGGAGAAUAACCUGAAGACAGCCAGAUUAUGGAGGGAUGCUGCUCUGCGCUCCAGGAAGCUGCGGAGCAACCUGCGACAGUUGACCCUGAGCGCCAAAAACAGCCAGAAAAUCACAUUACCCGAGGACAUAAAGGAGAUCGAGGUCCUCAAUCUGGGUAAUAACUCCCUCCAGGAGCUCCCAGAGGGGCUGGGCUCGACCCUGACAAAGCUUCACAUUUUAGUUCUCCGUAGGAACAAGUUUACCACCGUUCCCUCUGCAGUAUUUCAACUUAGUCAGCUGGUUGAGUUAGACAUGAGUCACAAUUGCCUGAGCCACGUUUCUGAAGAUAUUGACCUUUUAAAGGGGCUUAGAAAGUUGUGUAUUAGUCAUAACAAAAUCCAAUACCUGCCAUCCCAAAUUGGGACUUUGCAGUUUUUGGAGGAGCUCGAUGUCAGCUUCAACGAGUUACGGGAUUUUUCUGGGUCUUGGUCAAAGCUCAGGAGGCUCAGAACACUUGAUGUGGAUCACAACAAGCUAGAGCGUUUCCCAUCUGAAAUACUCGCCCUCAGUGACUUGGAAGAGCUCGACUGCUCUGGGAAUAAACUCGAGGGUCUUCCGGGGAACAUCAUGAUGCUUCAGUCUCUUAAAAUCAUGUGGCUCAGUAGCACCCAUCUCACCUCCUUACCUGAAACAUUUUGUGAGCUCCAGAACUUAGAAAGUUUGAUGCUUGAUAAUAAUUUGCUCACGAGACUGCCACAAUCAUUUGGAAAAUUGCAAAAGUUGAAAAUGCUUAAUCUUUCGUCGAACUCUUUCGAAGAUUUUCCUCAGGUUAUUAUCAAAAUCACUAGUUUGGAGGAGUUGUAUUUAAGCCGGAACAAACUGACGUUCCUCCCUGAGGAGAUGGGACAGCUGUGUAAUCUCGCUAAUUUGUGGUUGGACAAUAAUAGAAUAACAUUUCUCCCUGACUCUGUUGUAGAGCUUGGGAAAUUAGAGGAGUUGGUUUUACAGGGUAACCAAAUUGCCAUACUCCCGGACAAUUUCGGAAAACUUGCCAAAGUUAACAUUUGGAAGGUGAAGGAUAAUCCUCUCAUUCAGCCACCGUAUGAAGUGUGCAUGAAGGGAAUACCUUACAUAGCCGCCUAUCAGAAGGAGCUUGCACACUCCCAAACUGCAGUAAAACCCAGACUUAAACUUGUUUUGAUGGGCCACAAAAAUGCAGGGAAAACCACACUCAGGCAGUGCAUUAUCAGCAAACCAUCAGAUGCCAAGAUGGCAAUUGGAGGUAGGGGUAUUGAUGUUACAAACUGGGUAGCGGAUGCUGAUCGGAGUCUUACUUUCAUCGUAUACGAUUUGUCGGGUAAACAAAACUAUGAUCUUAUCAAACCAUUUUUCCUCUCUCCUGGAGCUCUUUAUGUCCUGGUGGUGAAUCUGAGAUUGUACACAUCAAAGAGCUUUUAUUCCCAGGUUGGGUAUUUUUUGCACCUGCUCAGUGCCAAGGUGCCACAUGCGGUGGUGUGCAUUGUGGGAACCCACGCUGACCUGUGUGAGGAGUUAGAGAUUGAAGAAAAGUGCCUGGAUAUUCACAGACAAAUUUCCAUCCAGGAAAAGUUGGACACUGAAUGCUUACAUGUGCUCACCUUGCAGGUCGACGAUGGCCUCGAGCAGGGCUUCGGUGUUCGGACAUGUAGCCCACAUGUGCCGUUUUAUGGCGUUACGGAUAAAAACUUGAGACGCAAAAAGUCCCAGUUGCAAUAUAUGCUGAACAAUCGAUUACAAAUCCUGUCUCCUGUGAUUUGUGUCAGCUGUGUGUUGGCACAGAGGAACAUUCAGCACUUGAAAGAAAAGCUCAUGUCUGUCGCUGAUCACAGAGAGAUUUUCCCCAACCUUCACAGAGUUCUACCGAAAUCAUGGCAGAUGCUUGAGGAGCUGCAUUUUAAGCCGCAGGAUUUAUGGCUUUCCUGGUGGGAUUCAGCUCGGUUGGGCCUGCAGGCGGGACUGACGGAAGACCGCCUGCAAAGCGCUCUGUCCUACCUACACGAGAGUGGUAAACUUUUGUACUUUGAAGACAGCUUGACACUAAAAGAAUACGUCUUCCACAAUCUGCCACGGUUUAUUGCCAUCUUAAACGUCUUUUUCCAGAAGGACCUUGCUGCGACGCUUGAGAAGCUGGAGACAGAGGAAGAUGAUGGAGAUGCCCCCAAGGCUACUCAGAUGCACAGUCACAUUGAAGCGUUUGUGUUGCACGGCGUGCUGCCGUCAAACGUCAUUCGCUUGCUGCUUAAACCCCUAGUACAGACACAGCAGGACUUGCACCUGAUCAUGGAACUGCUGGAAAAAAUGGGGGUGUGCUACUGUGUCAACAAACCUCGCAGUAAGCCACUUAACGGGGCAACCGUCUGGUAUAAAUUCCCCAGUCAGGUCAGCACUGAAGAGCCCCACGUCAAGCCCUCGACCGGCGGGAGCCCAUCCGUCCCCGGUCAGGUCUUUUCAGUUGAGCAGCUGCAAAUUGAAUACAGGUUUCCUUUUCUUACCCCUCUUGGACUUUUUGCACGUUAUAGCGUGCAAAUCAACAGCCAUGUGGUGCAACGGUCCGACGGAAAGCAUCACAUCUUUGCCUACCGGGGUAAAGUGCCCGUGACGGUGAGUUACCGGCUCUCUCGGAGCAGGCUGCAGGGUGAGACCCUCUCCAUUUCCAGCCGUGCAUCUUUGCCAAAUAUCUGGACAGCUUGGCAAGCCAUUAUUCCCCUGGUGGAAGAGUUAAAUGUUCUUCUGCAGGAAUGGCCUGGCCUUCACUACUCUGUGCAUGUCCUGUGUUCCAAGUGCCUAAAGAGAGGAUCCCCUAACCCACAUUCCUUUCCAGGUGAGCUGUUAAGCCAGCCUCGACCUGAGGGAUUGACCGAGAUCAUCUGCCCCAAGAAUGGCUCGGAGCGGGUCAACGUGGCGCUAGUUUACCCUCCAACCCCAACUGUGAUUAGCCCUAGUUACAAAUGAGACUUCCGGUUUUUGCAGUUACUUGCCUGUGAUUGACCUCCACUACGCCGCUUUCUCUUGUAUGUUAUAUUCACACAAAGUACAGUUCUACAUGCCACGUGUGGCUUUUAAUGUUGCCUCUGCCCUCAUCUGAGGCAGAUGAUGGAUCACUGUACACCUGAUGUACAUAGUACAUGCAAAGAUUCAUAAUGAAUGUCUGUUACUAAGAGAUUCAUAUCAGGACACAUUUACAGGUUAUCAGCUCCGACUGCCAACACACAACAAACUGACAGUAUUUAAAACUGUUAAUCUAGAUAUGGUCUGUGUUCACGUAUUGGUCCCCCGGAUGUCCAUCUAAAAAGCUUAUACAUGCACCCUGAGCCUUUCUUAGUACCCGUUGUGGUACUUGGCUUGAACCUUAGGUUAGCCAUCUCACUGCAAAAUAUUGGAAAUCCUUGUUUGUACCCAAAGGCAUCUCCUGGAAACUACUUCUGUCCUGCUGUGAGGGGAUCUGCAUUAAUGCAAAAGAAGAUGGAGGACAUGGUUUUCUCACCUUGAUUGGAGUGGUUGGAUUUCGGACUUUGGAUGAUUUUCUGCUUCAUAUGCAUGUCUUUGAAAUACAGGAGAGAUAAAAUUAUGUAUGAAAAUGCACAAGAGGUUUAGUUGUAUCCAAUGGGCAAGAAUAGAAAUGUCUUCUUGGGCAUACAUUUUUGAGAUAUCUUAAUAAAGGGACACUCCACUUUCAGCACUUUUAGCAUAGCUUAGCAUAAUCCAUUGAAACUGAUUAGACCAUUAGCAUCGUGCUAAAAUAUAACCAAAGAGUUUCAAUAUUUUUCCUAUUUAAAACUUGAGUCUUCUGUAGUGACAUUGUGUACUAAGACCGACAGAAAAUUAAAAGUUGUGAUUUUGUAGGCAGAUAUGGUUAAGACUAUAUUCUCAUUCUUGCAUAAUAAUCAAGGACUUUGCUGAUGUAACAUGGCUGCAGCAGGCGCAAUGAUAUUACGUAGUGCCGAAAAUAGUCAUCUGCCAUUGAAAGUUACUAAGGGGACUAUUUUCGUCAAGGUCCUUGAUUAUUAUGCCAGAAUGUGAGUCAAGUUUUAAAUAGGUAAAAUAUCCAAACUCUUUGGUUACUUUUAGCACAAUGCUUAUGGUCUAAUCAGAUUCAAAGGAUUAUGCUAAGCUAUGCUAAAAGUGGUACCGCCAGACCCGGAGAUCAGCAGAAUGGAUUCCAGAAUGGAUGGAUGAGCAUAUUUUCAAAAAAAGUGGAGUGUCCCUUUAACGAAUGAGUGAAAAAGGGGUAUAUUUGCAAUUAUUUAAUUAACAUGUAGCCAAAGAUAUAGAACAUAUUUCCUUAAAUCAUACUGAGACAAAGAUUCUUUCUUGCUUUCCUUCUUUCUUUCUUCAAUCACAUUGUUGAGUGUAAUUGAGAAUGUCACAUUGUUUCUUGCACAUGAUAACACUUUGAUAUAUGAUGCGGUUUUGGACACAUGACCGGGAACACGGAUUUACAGAAAUAGUAUCAGUACAAUAAUUCAGUCAAGGGUGACCUCUCAUCCUUCACUCUUAAGGAAAUGUCUGUAAGCAUAUCUGAACUGACUGAUUCAUUGAUACAUAUGAAAUUUUACUGAACAUGUUCUUUAAAGCAGUGUCUGAAGCAUAUUGUUCAUAUUUAUUAAUAUGAGAAAGUGCAAAUUACCAAGGACAAAGAAUUAAGACUUUUUUUUAUAAAAGUUGAUUCAUACUUAAAAUGAUUGUGUACCAUUUCAAUGUUUCUCUUGUGGAGAGGAGAAAUUCUGCAAUACAUGUGAUGUGUUUGCGAACAGCUGACAAUGUUUUGUACAUAAUAUUUUAUUUUUAUAAGCUAAUGAGCUGUCACCAAUAUCCCACUUUAUUGACUGUGCAUUGUGCAUGGCUACUGUGGUUAUUGUAAAACCCACAACUGUUUUCUAAGUUAUAAGGGUUACCCUGUGUCACUGUAGGACCACAAAGGCACCAAAUAUAAAGGCUGGUUUCCAAACUGUU